AUGUUGGUCUUACCCAACACAGACCCCAGCACCAGCAGACCAGGUCCUUUGGUGACAACCAACCACAUAGAAGAGCCUGCCAUGACUCCGGGGUUCGAGACAAGUUCAGAGGGAGCAUUCCAGACCACUGACCUUGUUGAGACUUCUGCGCCAAGUCACAUCCCUUUGGAAACUCAAACCCUGAGCACCCAGACCUUUGAUAAGAACUUAAUCCUGGCCAGCACCAUUUCAGAAGCAGAGACUAGGGAAACCAAGACCAUUUUUCCUGCAACAGAGACCAGGGCCUUCACAAAAAUGAUACCGUCCAAGUUCAUGGUUGUGAUCACCACUCCUAUGGAGGCAUUAGCCACAAGUGGCAGCCCCAUGGGAACUGGAAUGACCACAGUUGAGACUGUUAUAGGCAGUGAUCCUGUGGAAUCUGUCUCUGACACCCUUUGUACUGAUGACAGCUCAAAAGAGGCAAAGAGGAUCAUAACCAACAUCUUGACAGUGACUCACACCUCUGCAGAAGCCCAGGGCCUGGCCUCAGACAGCAGUGCCUUCUCAGACCGCUCAGUUCUGGCCAUCACCACCUCACAGGCCCUGGCACCUGACAAGACUGCAUUGGCUAAAGACUUGCUGUCCUACAGCGACACUGACACGGAGGUUACCAAUUGCAGCAUUAUCCGAAUAAUAGCUGCCACCACCCUUGGGACCUUGGACGUAGUUCUCAACCCCACGGGAGGAAAGGCCUUGUCUCCCCCUGAGGUGUCAGCUGUGCUUGAUUCCACCAAGGCAGAAUCACACUCCACCGAGACCAUGACCUUGGCAGAGACCUCAUCAGCAGCCAGUGCCACAGAACCAGCCACACCUGAUACCACAGUUGAGACCCUGCUAACCGCUAAUAGCACCAUAGAAGGAGAAACAAUAGUAGCCGAGCCCACGACCCCCAGCACAACUUUGGUGACAGUCAGCAUCAACCCCCUGGAAGAAACUUCAGUCUUGUCUGUUGAGACAACAAGCCACACCGAGGUCUCAGGAGCAGUUACAAUCUCCACAGAGACUGGGUCAACAGUGGGUAAAGUGGCUUCCCCUGCUGGGCUCUCAGCCUCGGCCUACAGCCACACCCACGUAGCCACUAGCCAGAACGCCACCCCCUCCCAGCCUUCUGCCACAGACAGCACAACCGAUGGGUCUGUCCCCAUCAGCAGGAGCCAUUUUCCUUCUGUCCAUCUGACUAUGGCCAACAGCAGCCGAGAGGCAAACAUCACCUUCGUCAAGACCACAGCCUCAGCAAAGACUUUGACAACCAGCAAGCCUGGAGGGAAGGCCCCCACAGCUCUGCCCACCACUGCUCAGCCAAGGUGGACCUCAGAAACUACUGCAG